AUGGAAGCUUCAAACUUUGAUGGAGACACAGCAGCAGCGCGUACGGAACACCGGAAAUGGACACCAACGGAUGAUGUGGUGCUGAUCAGCUCGUGGUUAAACACGAGCAAGGAUCCAGUGGUGGGCAACGAGCAAAAAUCCUCUGGUUUUUGGCAAAGGAUUGCCACCUACUUUGUGGCAAGUCCUCUGGUGGCUGGAUGCCAAGAGAGAGAGGCAGGGCACUGCAAGCAACGAUGGCACAGAAUCAAUGACCUUGUGUCAAAGUUCUGUGGAUCGUAUGAAGCGGCUACUAGGGAGAGAACAAGCGGCCAGAAUGAGAAUGAUGUCCUGAAGCUAGCUCAUCAAAUAUUCUACAACAACUACAAGAAGAGAUUUACGCUUGAACACGCUUGGAGAGGGCUUCGGCACGACCAGAAGUGGUGCGAUCUAGCUACUGCUAAAAACGAAGGGAGCUCAAAGAAGAGGAAGUGUGAGGACGGUGCAGAUUCAUCAAACUCCCAAGCCACUGAGAACAAGCGUCAUGCGGGUGUGAAGGCCGCAAAGAUGAGUGCUAAGAAGACGGUGAUAGAUGAGAAUACGCUUAAUAAGUUUCAUACAAUGUGGACAAUCAAACAUCAAGAUUUGGCCGCCAAAGAUAAGUUGUCUAGGCUGAGUCUGCUUGAGAGUCUCAUUGGAAAAAGGAACCUCUUGCUGAGUAUGAAGAAACCCUCAAGAAGAAGCUGA